CGGCUUCUCCGAGCGUUUGUCGGAGUUGGACGCUGCGCACAACCAGUCCCAGCGGCGGUCCGGCGAGGAGCUCGUGCGGGCCCAAGAGCUGCUGGAGCAAGCGGAGGCCUCGCAGGCCGUCCUGUCGGAGCGACUCGCCCAGGCGGAGGCCGCGCGGGAGUCGCAGAAGGGCCUGGUCGGCGAGGAACGCUCGCAGAGCCAGAAGCUGCUGGCGGAGGCGGAGGGCUCGAAGCGCCAGCUGCUGGAGGAGGUGGAGGUCUCGAGGCAUCCAGCUGCCUGCGGCGAACCUCGCCACGGUGCGAGCGCACUGCAGGAGGCGGAGGUCGGCUUCUGCGAGCGCGCUAGGGAGGAGCACGCGCAGAGCCAGCAGCUGCUGCAGGAAGCAGAGAACUCGAAGCAGCAGCUGCAGGCCAGCCUCUCCGAGCAGCUCGCCGAGCUGCAGGCGGUGCGGGACUCCAGGCAGAAGCUCGCCAGCGAGGAGCACUCGCAGCAACGGAAGCAGCUGCAGGAGGCGGAGGACUCGAAGCUGCAGCUGCAGGAGAGGCUCUCCGAGAAGAUCACUCGCCUGGAGGCCGCGGAGAGCUCGCUGCAGAAACUUGUCAGCGAGGAGCGCGCGCAGGGUCGGCAGUUGCUGGAAGCGGCGGAGAGCUCGAGGGCGCAGCUGCAGGCCAGCCUCUCCGAGCAGCUCGCCAGGCUGCAGGCCGCGCAGGACUCUCAGCAGGAGCGCGCCAGCGAGGAGCGUUCGCGGGGUCAGCAGCAGCUGGAAGAGGCGGAGGAGUCGAAGCGGCGGCUGCAGGCCAGCCUCUCCGAGCAGCUUGCCGUGCUCGAGGCUGCGCUGGAGACGCAGAGGGUCCAGGCCAGCGAGGAGUGCUCGCAGAGCCGGCGGCUGCUGGAGGAGGCGGAGGUCUCGAGGCGUCGGCUGCAGGAGGAGGUGGAGGACUCGAGGCGCCAGCUGCUGGACGAGGCGGAUGAGUCAGGGCGCCGGCUGCUGGUCGAGGCGGAGGACUCGAAGCGCCAGCUGCAGCAGGCGAAGCUCGGCUUCUCCGAGCGUUUGUCGGAGUUGGACGCUGCGCACAACCAGUCCCAGCGGCGGUCCGGCGAGGAGCUCGUGCGGGCCCAAGAGCUGCUGGAGCGAGCGGAGGCCUCGCAGGCCGCUCUGUCGGAGCGGCUCGCCCAGGCGGAGGCCGCGCGGGAGUCGCAGCAGGUCCUGGUCGGCGAGGAACGCUCGCAGAGCCAGAAGCUGCUGGCGGAGGCGGAGGGCUCGAAGCGCCAGCUGCUGGAGGAGGUGGAGGUCUCGAGGCAUCCGCUGCAGGAGGCGGAGGUCGGCUUCUGCGAGCGCGCUAGGGAGGAGCACGCGCAGAGCCAGCAGCUGCUGGAGGAAGCAGAGAACUCGAAGCAGCAGCUGCAGGCCAGCCUCUCCGAGCAGCUCGCCGAGCUGCAGGCGGUGCGGGACUCCAGGCAGAAGCUCGCCAGCGAGGAGCACUCGCAGCAACGGAAGCAGCUGCAGGAGGCGGAGGACUCGAAGCUGCAGCUGCAGGAGAGGCUCUCCGAGAAGAUCACUCGCCUGGAGGUCGCGGAGAGCUCGCUGCAGAAGCUCGCCAGCGAGGAACACGCGCAGGGUCGGCAGUUGCUGGAAGCGGCGGAGAGCUCGAGGCUGCAGCUGCAGGCCAGCCUCUCCGAGCAGCUCGCCAGGCUGCAGGCCGCGCAGGACUCCCAGCAGGAGCGCGCCAGCGAGAGCGUUCGCGUGGUCAGCAGCAGCUGGAAGAGGCGGAGGAGUCGAAGCGGCGGCUGCAGGCCAGCCCUCUCCGAGCAGCUUGCCGUGCUCGAGGCUGCGCUGGAGACGCAGAGAGUCCAGGCCAGCGAGGAGUGCUCGCAGAGCCGGCGGCUGCUGGAGGAGGCGGAGGUCUCGAGGCGUCGGCUGCAGGAGGAGGUGGAGGACUCGAGGCGCCAGCUACUGGACGAGGCGGAUGAGUCGGGGCGCCGGCUGCUGGUCGAGGCGGAGGACUCGAAGCGCCAGCUGCAGCAGGCGAAGCUCGGCUUCUCCGAGCGUUUGUCGGAGUUGGACGCUGCGCACAACCAGUCCCAGCGGCGGUCCGGCGAGGAGCUCGUGCGGGCCCAAGAGCUGCUGGAGCAAGCGGAGGCCUCGCAGGCCGCCCUGUCGGAGCGGCUCGCCCAGGCGGAGGCCGCGCAGGAGUCGCAGAAGGUCCUGGUCGGCGAGGAACGCUCGCAGAGCCAGAAGCUGCUGGCGGAGGCGGAGGGCUCGAAGCGCCAGCUGCUCGAGGAGGUGGAGGUCUCGAGGCGGAUCAGCUGCAGCAGGCGGAGGUCGUCUUCCGCGAGCGCGCCAGGGAGGAGCACGCGCAGAGCCAGCAGCUGCUGGAGGAGGCAGAGAACUCGAAGCAGCAGCUGCAGGCCAGCCUCUCCGAGCAGCUCGCCGAGCUGCAGGCGGUGCGGGACUCCAGGCAGAAGCUCGCCAGCGAGGAGCACGCGCAGCAGCGGAAGCAGCUGCAGGAGGCGGAGGACUCGAAGCUGCAGCUGCAGGAGAGGCUCUCCGAGAAGAUCACUCGCCUGGAGGCCGCGGAGAGCUCGCUGCAGAAGCUCGCCAGCGAGGAGCGCGCGCAGGGUCGGCAGUUGCUGGAAGAGGCGGAGAGUUCCAGGGCGCAGCUGCAGGCCAGCCUCUCUGAGAAGCUCGCUGAGCUGCACGCCGCGCAGGAGUCCCAGGAAGAGCGCGCCAGCGAGAGGCACGCACAUAGCCGACAGCUCUUGGAAGAGGCGGAGGGCUCGAAGUUGCAGCUGCAGGCGAGCCUGUCCGAGAAGCUCAGCAAGCUGGAGACCGAGAAGGACUCCCAGGAGAAGCGCGCCAGCGAGGACCAGGCGCAGCUGAGGCAGCUACUGGAAGAGGCGGCGGACUCGAAGCUGCGGCUGCAGGCCAGCCUCUCCGAGCAGCUCGCCAGGCUGCAGGCCGCGCAGGACUCCCAGCAGGAGCGCGCCAGCGAGGAGCGUUCGCGUGGUCAGCAGCAGCUGGAAGAGGCGGAGGAGUCGAAGCGGCGGCUGCAGGCCAGCCUCUCCGAGCAGCUUGCCGUGCUCGAGGCUGCGCUGGAGACGCAGAGGGUCCAGGCCAGCGAGGAGUGCUCGCAGAGCCGGCGGCUGCUGGAGGAGGCGGAGGUCUCGAGGCGUCGGCUGCAGGAGGGAGGUGGAGGACUCGAGGCGCCAGCUACUGGACGAGGCGGAUGAGUCGGGGCGCCGGCUGCUGGUCGAGGCGGAGGACUCGAAGCGCCAGCUGCAGCAGGCGAAGCUCGGCUUCUCCGAGCGUUUGUCGGAGUUGGACGCUGCGCACAACCAGUCCCAGCGGCGGUCCGGCGAGGAGCUCGUGCGGGCCCAAGAGCUGCUGGAGCAAGCGGAGGCCUCGCAGGCCGCCCUGUCGGAGCGGCUCGCCCAGGCGGAGGCCGCGCAGGAGUCGCAGAAGGUCCUGGUCGGCGAGGAACGCUCGCAGAGCCAGAAGCUGCUGGCGGAGGCGGAGGGCUCGAAGCGCCAGCUGCUGGAGGAGGUGGAGGUCUCGAGGCAUCCAGCUGC